AUGAACCAACUAAAUGAUACCUUUGUACAUAUAUACUUAACAACGAGUGAUUCUUACUACCUGGGACUCGCCGGUGGAGCCUUCCAUGCCAUUCAAGCCAUUAAUGCCAGACCGAAGAAGCUCUCUUCCGCAAAGACUAAGGAGCCCCCACCUGAGAGUAACCCGCAAACUCCCACCACUACAGAUGACCAGAUGAAGGAAACAGAGCCAGCAGCCGAGGCAGAAAUCCUACCACCAGAGCCAAUGGAAUCUGAAAUGACUACUAAUCCUACAGAGUCAACAAAGCCAGAGCAGCCAGCUCCAACUGAUAUCACUGAUAGUAUUCCCACAGAACAACAGGAUAAGCUUGAGCCAACAGCUCAUCAAGAAAUAGAAUCACAGGUAGAGGAUAACACCGAACCUCCAGAAAAGAAAAGGAAGAAUCCUCCUCCCCAACCAUCAGAAAGCAUGGAUAUUCCAUCCGUUAACAAUAACCCGGAUCCUGUCGUCACACCUGCAGCCCAACCAGCAGAAGAAACCACAGACUUGGAAACUGCAAAAUAUCAGCAGAAAUCUUAA